AUGGCAGAACUGAUCGACAAGUACUUUGCUAAACACCUUGACCUUCCCUGGGAGGAAGCCGUCAGGCUUCACAAGGAGUACUACACUAGUUAUGGGCUGGCCAUUGAAGGCCUUGUCCGCCACCACCAGAUCAACCCUUUGGAAUAUAAUGCUGAGGUCGACGACGCCUUACCACUACAAGAUAUUAUUAAACCUGAUCCGGAGCUGCGGAACCUGUUGGAGGGUAUCGACAAAUCCAAGGUCAAGAUUUGGCUCUUUACCAAUGCCUACGUCACCCAUGCCAAGAGGGUUGUCCGCCUCCUUGGCAUUGAGGAUCUCUUUGAUGGUCUCACCUACUGUGACUACUCACAAAUACCCCUGAUCUGCAAGCCGCACCCUGAUAUGUACACAAAGGCCAUGCGAGAAGCUGGUGUCAGUGACGUCGAGGACUGCUACUUUGUUGGUAUGUGA